AUGCGCCUGGAACAAGUCGAGGCCAUGACCAAGGUGCUGGAUGAGACGCUCCAUGCAGUGGACAGCUCAUACUCCAUCUCAACGACGGAUGCCUUGGCGCAGCUGAAUUCCAAGGUGGAGGUGUUAGAUGCCACCUUUCAGAAGAUGGAUGCAGCCCUUCCUCGGGGCGGUGGGCUCAAAGAGGAGGCAGAGACCGCUGUGCCGCAGGAGCUGACUGAGAUGCAGAGCCGUGCGACACAGAAAGUAUCGUCCCUCGAGGACUCCAAGAUGCUGUGA